AUGGUAACUUCAACACCCUAUUAUGCUCAAGGGAAUAGCCAAGCAGAGGCUUCAAAUAAAGUUGCUAUUGAAAUUAUUGAGAAGAUGAUAAAAGAUAAGCCAAGGUGUUGGUAUGAAACCCUUUCAGAAGUGUUGUGGGCCUACAGAAAUUCGAAGCGAACAAGUAUAGGAACAACUCCUUAUCGGCUAACAUUUGGCCAUGAUGUUGUGUUGCCGAUGGAGUUAAAUGUGAAAUCGGCAAGGGUAGCUCUACAACACAAUCUGAUACCUGCCGAUUACAAUGAAGCUAUGCUUGCCGAGUUAGAAGACCUAGAUGAGGUUCAGAAACUUGCUUUAGACCACCUUAUGGUCCAUAAAGCAAAGGUAAUGAAGGCUUAUAAUAAAAUGGUGAAGUUCAAGUCAUUUGCAGAGGGUGAUAUGGUUUGGCAGACAAUUCUUCCACCUGGAAAGGUGGAUAGAGUUUAUGGCAAGUGGUCACCUACUUGGAAGGGUCCAUAUUUGGUUCAUCAAGUAUUGCAUGGAGGAGCGUACAUGUUAAAAGAUUUAGAUGGUGGAAUCCAUAAGAGACCAAUAAAUGGAAGGGAUAUAUUGGAAACGGUUCCAAUUUGGAUGAAAGUGUGCGAGUUGCCAAUGCAUGCACGUAGUGGGGUUUCUAUUUCAAAGGUUGUAUCAAAUAUUGCAAAACCGAUAUAUAUGGAGGAUAUUAUACAAAGCCGUGAUAAAGGAUUGUAUGUUCGUGUCUUGGCGGAGAUGGAGGUUGAUGGUGUAUUUCCAAAAAUCAUAUAG